UGCAGUCUGUAGUAGCCGGAAUCAUUGGGUCGAUUCUAAUAAUGUGCUCUGUAAGCAUCUCACAAGGAAUAAGGCUCCUAGGAGUUGAGUUAGUCCUAGUAAUAAUAAAGGUUUGCUUCAAUUUCACCCAUAAAGCAGCAGUUAUACAUCUCCAAAUCCCCAUGAUGAUUGCUACUUUAUGACUUUUAUCAAUAUCUCUUCUUGACAGGGGACCGUAUCUGCAAAACUACAGUAAAGUUGACUUCAAAUUUGCAUCAAUUCUAAUGCCAGCGAUUCUGAUAGGAUGCCAGCUCGGAGAAGUGUUUAACCAGAUUCUUUCGAGAAUAAUAGAAUCUUCUAUUUUCAUCUUCUUGCUUGUCUACAUCACAAUCGGAUGCAUAAUAUCCACGGCUAGUUACUUCAAAGAGAGGAAGAAGGUUGUCAGAAUGGAAGACUCUCAAGGAGCCGAAAUUGUAUUUGACCAAAGCAUGCUUGUUGAGAGCAAAGAUCUUGACCAAAGCGUGGAAGGAUUUGCCAUAAAUUCACGUCAUGAAGCUGAUGUGGUUAUUAAUGAAGAGCAUUUCUUGGUACAAGAUGAUCAUGAAGAGACUCCUGAUCAUGAUUCAAUCGUUUCUUUUGAUAUCAAAAAUGCGUCAGAGACCGAUAAUUCAGAAGAUAUAAAUCUUAACUCACGUGAAAUAGAUGGUCUUGAAUUAAUGAUCAGUGGUCGUAAGAAUAAACAUGCAUAUAACCAAGGAACUCUUCCCUGAAUUGUGAUGUUUUUGUUGCUUAUCCUUCAAAAUUUAUUGAGAGGGAAUUCAAAUUUUCAAUCGAUCACUAAUGUUGAGAUAUGCUCCACCUGGUUUUGGAUAAUAAUGGGAGCAUAUUCCUUUGCUGGAUUUUGAAUUUUUCUAUUGAAUUAUUAUCUUGCGAGGAAGCACUUCCUAAGUUUUCCUGAAUCAGGUCAUGGAAUUUCUCACUCCUUCAACCUGCUUAAAAUGAUCAGUAUUAUUGCUGUAGGGCUUGUCUGAGGAAUGAUAACUACUUUCAUCGGAGCAGGAAUAGUAUUUAUAUGUACACCAUUUAUGAUCAAACUAGGCUACCCCAAGGAGGUUGGACUCUAUACAUCCCUAAUAGUUGAGCUCAUUGCUAGAUUAGCAAAUAUGGUCCAGUUCAUAUUUAAUUUGAAUAUUUUGUAUGGAUAUGUUGGAUGGAUUACUCUUUUCUCCUUCCUUGGUGGCCUUAUAGGGACAUUAUUUCUCCAAGUACAAGUCAAGAAGCGCAAUAUUGAAUGGAUCUUCUACUUAAUCAUCGCUCUCAUGACCCUAGCAGCCUGAAUAGCCAAUACAGUCGUUGAUAUCUGGAGCAUCAUGGCUGAUUUUGAAGACGGAGAUGCCACUUUCUACAUUUACAAUUAUUGUGAAUAAUUGUUUGCAUUCCUAAUAUCUUCCAACUAAUUCAACCA